AUGAAUAGAGUAACUCUCUUCUUUGUUUUCUUAGUAAUUCCCCUGGCCAAUUUCACAACUGUUGAAGAUUCAUCCAAGUCGAACAGAAGUAUUGUUUUCGAUGACGUAGAAAAAUCUGGCCGUAUUUUAAACGAUGUUUACAAUAUAUUUAAUUAUCUUUCGAGUAACGUUGCUCGAUUGUUGCUUCCCAUCAUGUUGAAAAUUACUCAAGAAGUAAACGUGUCUCGCUCGUGUGUAAGAGGUGGGAUGCGUUUGUUGGGCGAUUUAAAACAAAACAAAGGAUGGACGUUAAAAUUGAUGGACUCUUUAGGGAAACCAAUGGGAGUUUUCAGUGGAAACGUGUGGUUACGCGGAGAUUACGAUCAAUGCUUAAAUAUAGAAGUUAAAGACAGUAAAAUAAGAAAUUAUAAUAAAAAUCUAAACAAAAUUCAUGGUAAAUUCUGCUCACUGACUAUCGGAUGUAAUUCGUAUCGAUUUAAUGAAGUGCCAAAAGAUAUUAAAACGAGAAAAAUUUUCAGAAUGUUAGAAGAUAUUUUGUUACAAGAAAGCAGGAUUUCGUGUGGAUAUUUGCAUACCGAGUAGCUGUGAUCGAGAAGACAUUGAAAAUAUUCUUCAAUGGGG